AUGGCAAGAAAUAACGAAAACAUACCUUCCCUUGAAGAUAGAGUUAUGAAAAUCAAUUCGCUAUUCACCGAAGCAGCUUACGUUUUUCCUUCCAUGGUUCCCAUCGUAGCUGCAGCAACAGGCUCUUUGGUUGACUGUGCAGUCGAUGCAAUCAAUAGUAAAACUGGAGCGGUAGGAAACUUGGUUGGCGUUCGUCCGAACAACCUUGAUGAUGUAGUAAAUCAAAUGGGAAAUCAG